CGGUAGCUCAUGGGAAAAUGGCUUAAUGCUGAACGGUUUUGUGCAGGAUAGCGGCACAAUCGGCACCACCUUAAAGCCGGCGUUCCGGCGUUGGACGAGCGAUUUUCUGGGGAGUGGGCCAGCGAGCACGGCGAAAGUGCCGGUAUAUAUGCCGCUGAUUGGUACGAUGCAACUUCAGUGUGCACUCUCGAAGGCUACCAUGAGCACUUCGCAGAUCCUCGUGCUCCUCGCCCUUGUGGCGACAGUGGCUCUGGCCACUGAGACCAAGAAGUCCGACAGCAAAGGGGCCGUCGACUCAAAGGAUGCCAAGAGCAAGCGCGGGCUGGAACUGAGUCUGGGUCAUGGUGGCUUUGGUGGCGGCGGCGGCGGUGGUUUUGGUGGACACGAUUUCGGCGGAGGAUUCGGCGGCGGCAUUGGCGGAGGCGGCGGCGGCGGCAUUGGCGGAGGCGGCGGCGGCGGCGGUGACGGUGGACGAAUUUCCGGCAUCACCAUCCAUCGUGAGGUCUCGGUCCCAGUUCCAGUACCUUACACGGUUGAGAGAAAUGUACCGGUACCUGUACAUGUACCGGUGAAGGUGCCGGUGGACAAUCCAGUACCGUACCACGUACCAAAGCCUUACCCGGUCCCGGUAGAGAAGACCGUACACGUCCCCGUGGAGAAACCGGUCCCCGUACCCGUCAAGGUGCCCGUAAAGGUGCCCGUGAAGGUGCCCGUUCCCGUUAGCAUACCUGUCAAAGUACCUUACCCCAUACACAAGGAAAUACCUUAUCCGGUCAAGGUUCCGGUCGUCGUUAAGGAAUCAUAUCCGGUCUUGGUGGAGAGUGGUCACGGAGGCGGUGGUGGCUUCGGCGGAGGCGGUUUCGGAGGUGGACACGGUGGCGGAUUCGGCGGCGGAUUCGGCGGCGGACAUGAAAUCAGCUUCGAUCUGCAUUGACAAUAGUCUGACAUCAAUCGAUAUUAAUGAUACUCUUGUAUAUAAUAAUUAUGUUUCUUUUUUUACACUGUGCUGUCUUAGCAAAAUAAAUACUAAAUUAUUAACACAGCGUUUUGUAAAAAUUGACGUUACCUUAUCCUUUACGAUUUUCAUCCGCGCGAGAGUAUUUGCGUAAAGUUGAAUUUUAUUCUAGGAAAAUGAAAAUUAUUUCUCCGAGAGUGUUCGCAUGUAUUCGUAAAAGUUGCUUACUUGUUUAACGAUUUGUACCGCAUUGCGCAAUCGUAGCGUAUGACAAGAAAAUAAAUCGUCACUUUAGAAGUUUAUGAAA